GAUGGGUAUCCUGCGUCUGGACGCCAGCGAUUCGUCCGAGAUGCGCUGGUUCGACAUGCCCCAGGGGCGGUGCUACUGUAGCAUUGUUUCGAUCUCGAAUGGCACAGGUGAUCUUCUCCGAGCCACGAGAGUGGAGAAAAGCGAUGUGGUGGAUCUUGUCUCCCAAUCUCUCGUGAAUGAGUCAAAUUCUGUCGCUAUUUCCUCUUCCAUCGUUGACCAAACCUCUUGUUGCUGUUCCGUUUUAUGGCUGGCGGACGACGGGUUGAAACCGAAGACGUACUGCGCAUUUCACGUCCUCAACGCUUGGGAGGAAACGAUGGAGCAGACGGGAGGGCCUGGCGGGGUGGCUCCCAAUACAUCUUCGGUGAUCAAGAUCCACACCUGUGACACCAAACACCUUGAUUUGGACUUCCGCAAGGCUGCACAUGGCGUCGAUCAGGACUCGUUGCCAUUCCUGCACACGGUCAUUCUCAAACUUGACACGGGCGAGGUCAUUAGACACAGUGUCCUCCCGGAAAAGCCUUUCGUUGAGGGGAUGGACUUUCCACAGCUCCGGCGGUCCCUCGUGGGCAGGAAGAACAGGUUCGGUUACUGCACCACAUUCAACUCGAAAGGCGACGCCGCCGCCGAAGUCAAGGUCGACCUCCAGGCGGCAAAGCCAGAACUGGCGCAAGUCGGGCGAAUCGCCUACGAGGAUGGCUUUGUGGGCGGCGAGUGCAUUUUCAUCCCCUCCAAGCCCGACGACCAUGCCGGGCACGACGGCGACAAUGACGGUGACGGUGAGCCGGAGGGUGGAGAGGAUGAUGGCUACCUGGCAACCUUCGUGAGCCGGAAAGACGGCACGGGGAACUCAGGCGAGACAAAUUCAUUAGGAUAUGGGAGCAUGGCUUGA